ACUAUCAGAACUUCAUUUCAUCAUCUUUGGAACCAUUGUUCUGUUUUGCACCCAUCUGACCAUGCUGACAGCAACAAAUCAGAAAAUUUGUUUUUGGGUCUGAUAAAAGUUGGAAUCUUGACCACUAGAUUGUAGUGUUUUCCAGUUUCAUUUGCAGGGGAAGGGUAGGUAGGUAAUCUGCACUUCAAAUCUUUUGUUUCUUGUUAUUCUCCUUCUGUUUAUGAGGUGCCAGUGGUCCUAUUUUAUGACAAUUUCAGCUGAAUAAUUCUUGGGAACUGCACUUGUAUUUAUAGGUACUAUUUAUGGAGAAAUCCCUAAACAUUUCUUGGGAUUUUUCAGCAUCUCUAUAGCCCCAUACUGGUUUCUUGGAAGAUGCUUCAAAUCAUAGUGGCUUUGAUUAAUUUUCUUGCUCUUUGAGAUUUGUCCUGUACCCCACAUGUUUGUGGAAAUGUCUGAAAUGAGGGUUAAGAUGUAGCUUUGACACUUUUCUCUUCCCUUUUAUCUUCCACUCCACAGACAUCUGUCACUGUUAUAGAAACUGCUUUUAAUUUUCUGGCAUAUUCCCAAUUGUGAAAGUUUCUUGAAAUUCCAAACAAAUUGCAAGAAACACAGUAAUUUGCCUGCCCAUUUCUGGUUUCUUUCUUGGGUGUAUAUGCUGAAAAUAACAAGAACCAAAAAUCUCCAAGUUGUUCAUCCAUGAGUGGAAUUAGCCCAAUUCUGCUGUUGGUGAUAGUGAUUCUUGCUGUGAUCUUCUUUCUGUUUGGCAUUCUUCAUCUCCUUAUAAGAUAUUUCACGAAAAGGCCGUCUUUCUCGUCGUUUCCACAGUCGAAUAGAUUCCCGGACACUUCUAAUGGCUCCCAUGUGCUUCAGAGGCAGCUGCAACAUCUCUUCCGGUUACACGAUUCCGGCCUAGACCAAGCCAUCAUUGAGGCUUUGCCCAUGUUUUACUACAAGGACAUCACAGGCUUGAAGGAGCCAUUUGAUUGUGCUGUGUGUUUGUGUGAAUUUUCAGAGCAGGAUAUGCUGAGAUUGCUCCCUUUGUGUUGCCAUGCCUUUCACAUUCACUGCAUAGACACCUGGCUGCUAUCAAACUCAACCUGCCCUUUGUGUAGGGGCCUAAUUGGCUCAGAAGGGUCUAACUUUGAUGAGCCAAGAAACCAAUGGCAUUGCUUCUUGGAGGAUGGGGGAAGGGAGGAUUUAAGCGGCCACGAGGAGGUGAGAAACGGGCAGCAAAUCGGAGGGGAUUGUCGGGUUUUCUCGGUGAGGUUGGGGAAAUUUCUGAGCCAGGGAGGUGAGAUUGGGGAAAUUAGUAGGUGCAAUUUGGAUGCAAGGAGGUGUUUCUCCAUGGGUUCUUGCCAGUAUGUUGUUGGGGACUCGGAAUUGCAGGUUUCUUUGCCGAAUGCUAAUGGUUGCCAUGCCCGAAACGCGGGGGUUCUGAAAGGGAACCACCAUGGCAAUAUUGUGUUGAGUAGUGAAGGUAAAAAGAUUAGUGCUAGAACUGAAGGGGAGAGCUUCUCCAUAUCCAAGAUUUGGCUGUGGUCCAAGAAAGGUAAACUUCCAAGUUGCCCAGAAAGUGAAAGCAAUGUUAGUGGAACUUCUCUCAAUGGUCUUGGUUUGUCCAUGGCUAACACAACUCAGCUAGUUUGAUCAAGAAAUUAAAUGCUGCACUGUUGUACUGUGUUUGUUGCACCAGAAUGCAGGCAUAAUUAGCUUAGUGUUUUCUAUUUCCAGUGAGGCAUAUAUGCAUGCUUGCUAUGCUUCUCUCCUUUGACAUUCAUCAUUCAUGUACAAUGGAGGACCAGAAAGCAGAUUAGACAAUGCAAUGUAAUGUGGAAUUAGA